AACUGAGGUAUAGACUACAGACCACCUUCUGGUUUUUCAGGUAGCUAUGUCUUCGAUAAGGGCCAUCACAUUUCUCUCUCUUGGGAACAGCAGUAGCGAAAGAAUCCACCUUUGGGGAAAAAAUGCUCUGGACAGCUCAUGGUGGAUAUAGGCGGAGCAGGCAUGCGCUGAGUCCGCGGGGAGAGUGGCCAGCGUUGAAGUCUGCACACAGACUGUCGCACGGAAACCGCCGCGCCGCUUACGUCUCAAAGCGGGCGAGGGCCAGAGAGUGAGAAGGAGAGGGAGGGGGGCAAAUGAAAAAGCUCUGCACCGCUGUACUCGUGAGACAUCUGGAAACGACGCUCAAAGGCACACACUGACUCCGCGCACCAAUUUGGAAUGGCGUUUUUGUGAGGAUGACCAGUCUUUUACACCCUUGACCGGCGUCGUUAAUAAGCGAUUCCACUAUUUUACCGUCUAUUUGAGCGAGAUAUUGUAACAUAUUCAACCCAUUUUUCGGUUUCGUUAUUAAUAGACUCUUGACUAGACAUGUUUUCAUGUGUCUGAAUUGUCAAGUUAAGAUAGCCUGUAAGACGUAUUUCCUAUGCCUAGAAGAUUUACUUUAUGGGCUGCGUUAGGAACUGAUACAGUUUUAGAGCAUACAGAAAGUAGGCUACUAAAUUUUUUUCGCUGCUCAUGAUUUUUUGGUAUGUUUUGACAAAGGCAUUCGCCAGCUGAUCUGGAUACUUAAAACAGUAUCGUCUUCUUUGUCGCUUGGGACAUUACGUGAACAGACAGAGACGUCUAGUGUUUCUUUUGAAGUGACAGACGAGGGAGAGAGCGAGUACUAGCCAGAGGACGAGAAGACCCCGCCGUCACGUUCCGGGAAAACUGGCCUUCCUUAAAGGUGUGCGGAGCACGUGCCACUGCCAUGCUGUCAUUGGAUGAACCGCUGGACCUGAAGCUGCCAUCGGGCCGAGACCGGGCGCCGCAGAGGAUGUCCAUCUGCGCCCCCCUCCACGCCACCCGCGCCCGCCAGGUCCGCACGGCCAACGACAAGAGUGUCAUCACGCCCAUGCCCCCCUCCUCACCGCCCACAGGUCAGCUGGGAGCACCAGCACAUGUGUGCCUGUGUCACCCCAGGCCAAAACAGGAGCCCCAGACCCCCCCUGCCAUGGACCUGACCUCCCGACACGGCUCAGCACCUCCCUCCCCCAUCGACACCCACUCCAAUGGGGCAGCCAUGCAUUCCUACCUUCCCAGGGUAUGGACAGCAGAUAUAGUCUCUAUGGAGUCUGCAAACGCCCACUACCUGGAGGGCGGAGCCUCAGCGCAGGGCUUCCAGUUCUUCCUGCCGAUUGGAGCAGGGGGCGGCUUUCAGCUCCCCUCCUCCCUGUUCAUUGGCCGGAACGGGGAAAAGCGUACGUCGCCCGAGCCCUCAUCAGACGAGCAGCUGGGCUGCCGCUGGAGAAAGUGCCGCCUGCUGUUCGACUCGCUGCAGGACUUGGUGGACCACGUUAAUGACUUUCAUGUGAAGCCUGAGAAGGAUUCUGGGUACUGUUGCCACUGGGAGGGGUGUGCACGCAGGGGGCGUGGCUUUAAUGCCAGGUAUAAAAUGCUGAUCCAUGUUCGCACCCACACCAACGAGAAGCCUCACCACUGCCCCACCUGCAACAAGAGCUUCUCACGCCUGGAGAACCUGAAAAUACACAACCGCUCACACACAGGCGAGAAGCCCUACAUCUGUCCCUACGAGGGCUGCAACAAGCGCUACUCCAACUCCAGCGACCGCUUCAAGCACACGCGCACGCACUACGUGGACAAGCCCUACUUCUGCAAGAUGGUGGGCUGCCUGAAGCGCUACACCGACCCCAGCUCCCUGCGCAAGCACAUCAAGGCCCACGGCCACUUCGUGGCCCAGGAGCAGAGCCCCUCGCCCGGAAUGGAGGCCCUCCUCAAGGCCGGCCGCCUGGUGGCCUCCUCAGGGUGCAUCAGGCCCAAGGGGGACUCCACCCCUCCACCCGAGCUGCCCUACGUCACCGGGGCCCACAUCGUCCUUCCGGGGGCUGCUGCUGCGGCCGCCGCCGCCGCCCUGCUCGGGGGCCACGGCCUGCACGGCCUAGGGGGGGCCUCUCUGCCCCUGUCCAACAUGGGCCCUCUGGAUCUCAGCGCGCUGGGGAGCCGGAUGACCUCUCACCCCGGCCUGUCCCACGGCGGGCACCUGCUCUCCCCUCUGUUCCCGGGGGCUUCUCUGGGGCUGGGGCCCCUCCUGGCCAGGGGAGCCAGGGGCCGGAAGAGGGCCAGGGAGGAGGAAGAUGACGAGGAAGAGAGGAUGGAGGAAGAUGACGGGGAAGAGGAAGAGGGAGGCUUUGGACGCGACCCCAUGUCCUGGGUUGUCAUUCCACCCGGGAUGGUGGUGCUGAGGCCUGCUGUUGUCAGCUAAGCAACGGGGCCCUUCGGGAAAGGGUGCUGUGUGUGAGUGUGUGCGUGCGUGUCUGUGUGGUUGUGUGUGAGCGAGAAGGAGAGAAAGAAAGCGUGUGUGAGUGUGUUGAGAAAUUUUCGGGAGGGGAUGAAUUCUCCGCUAUUCCUACAACGGUUCAUAGAUAUAAUUUUUUUUUUUUUUUUUUUUUUACUUCUCAAUGAAAGCUAUAACAAAAUAACCCUAUUCAUUCCCUACAGUUUGAAAUGAGAUUUGGAAGCUAUGGGACAGUUUACUUGAACAUUCCUACCUGAGGCCUAUGUAAUAAGCAUGUCUUAACCAACGACGCGUUGCUUCCUCUGGCGUCGACUUGCCAGGGACGAGCAUCUAAAAACUAAAGAGAAAGCUCAUGUGGGCAAUAAGCCUGUUCCAGAGGGGUGACUGGACGUGUGACUCACUGUAAGCCAUCUGUCAUGAGGCUUACACUGUCAUGCAGGUUGACGACAGUGAUGCCAAUCAUUAUAUGCUCUGUCUAACUUGUGUUCUGAGAGAGGGCUACAACACGUCACACUGUUUGUCUACAAUGGAACUUCGACAGAGACCCUGAUAGGCCAUCAUGGGACAAAGGUUUUUUUAUUUCUUCUAAUCACUCUGACACACCUUCGCCUUUCCUUGCAACGAAUUUUGCUUUUCCCUCCCAAUACUUUUCCAUUCUGUGGCAAUACCAUUGUUCUUGCAUUCCUCACAGUGAGGGGAUGCAACAGUAACACAAGGGAACGCAAAAAAAAAAAGCAUUGUAAGGGACCGCAAGGUAAUUAAUAAACUAGCGACAGAAUACAGACGUAUUUCCAAAUAUACAGAACUCUAACUGUGGCUUCUGAGGGGUCCGCAAAUUUCAGUGUGCUUCUGGGAGGCAAUCAACCUGACAGUCCAGCAACUCAACAGCCCCCUUAGGCUGUCUGUCGAUGCAUUCUUUUGCACUUUAUGCCGUUCAGAAAGCGUUUUUUUUUUCUUUUUUCAGUUUUACAGGAUCUCUACGUCAUGACAUAGCAAACAACAAAGAUACGUUUUUUUUGUUUGUUUUAAAAGGUUUUUUUUCUGACGAAAGGCAACACCUCAACGUCUCAUAUCUCAAAUGUUCUUUUAUAUGAAUUACAUUGUUGGGGCUUCUGAGUCUUUGUAUGAAAAUGAUAUUUGUAUGUGAUUUCUAAGAAGACAAACCCCAUGCAAUAGUGUGGUGCAACCGAUACAGUUCUGACAGGCUGCGCAGACAGCAACAACGGACCAUGAGCUUUAAGUUUUGAAGCCGAGUUAAAUGCUUUGCUUUUUCGUCUGUGACAAUAACUUAACCUACCGCUUCAGUUGCCCUCUUCGCAAGAGGUAGAAGUCGACCUGACCGCAGAGCAAUUUCUCUCUUGCACUCAGACAAGCCUAAAAAAAAAAGCUCUUCGUGGACAAUCAUCGCAUUGCUGCUUAUUGCACAUACUUAACAAACGUUAGCUUAGCAUGAUACAUCUGUGAAAAAUAAAAAGUAAAAUGUAAACUGAGAGAAGACAUACUAUUCAUAUUACUAGCAGUGUAACAAAGGGGACCAGUAGAAUAUAGGCCUAUCUACCGCUGCAGGACUUGGACCAUGUUACUACUCCUACACAAAUGUGAGUGAAAGUACAUGGCUUCCAUGAAAGAUGCUAGAUCUACUAAAGGUCUUCUAGGUAACACGUACUGACAGAUAAUAAUUAAAGAGAAGGUAAGAGUGGUGAUAAUACCGCUCCCGCUCAUCUCUAGAUUUGUCCGUAAUGGUCCGUUUUCAUUCUUCGGCUAUGUCCAGAGAUCUAGGUGGAUACGGCCCACGGGGCUUCAGAACUGAUAGACUAUUGUUGGACGUGAGCCAUGUUUAACAGGUGGUUUACGUCAGUGGUCCGUUUCGGGGUCCUCCCUCCCAAAUCUCCUCAAGCGGGGUGGAGUCUGUCGCCCACCUAUUCCGGUAUUUUGCGUGUUCAUCUCAAACUCUGUACACAGACACCUUUGUUCACCCAUCAUCAUUAGGCUUUCAGGGUGCGGUAUUCCCCGGAUUUUAUUAAGGAAAGCAAACAAAUUAUUCCCAUCCCUGUUACAUUGAGCGUCAUUGAUUAUGCAGUAUUUCACUUAAUGCAGUAUGCAGGCUAUGCUAGCUGUCAAGAUAAGGACUCCCAAGUCCACACCUCUCUUUUGGCACCAUUGUGGCUGUGCAUUGUUUCAUUAGAAUAGAGUCUGUCAGCCAAUCAGCCGACAGAGUUCAUUCUAUUAUAUUUCUGUGAUGACGAAACAUUUUUAAUGUUGAUUGUAUUUACUUUUUUUAUUUGUCUUGCUGCUCUGUGCUUCCAUUGACACGGGCCUGGUCACGGUCCACUCCCUGACACAUGUAAACAUUAACAGAUAAGCAUUCACUUACGGUAAUAAUAGAUUUCUCCUAUUUGAAAUCAGCAGCUGUGCAUUUUGUGUGUGUGUGUGUGUGUGUGUGUGUGUGUGUGUGUGUUUUUUUUUUUUUUUUUUUUUUUUAACCAUUUAGCUGUUUUUUUUUUUAUUUGCACAUACAGAUAUUUAAGUAUCAGUAUUUUAAUGGUCCGAAGUGCCUUCUAUUUAGGUGAAAGUAGACAGCAUACAGUGUAUGAGAUAAGCAUUUAUGGAGAGUGAUCUGUCUAAAUGUAUAUUUUCCCCAAGUCUUUGUUUUACGGACAAGAGUGAGGGAUCCAUGAAAGUUAAAAUGUGUGCAAUUAAUCCCUCGUGAGAGGACUCUCCUGUUGUAAAGGAUGUAUUUUGUAACCCUUAAAAGAGAAGUGAUGUCUUCUUCCUCUGUUCUGGAUCUAAUGAUUUUAUUUUGCACCUGAAUCAGACUGGAGGGUCUAUAGAAAAGACACUUAAGAAAUAGGAGUGCAGUUCAAUCCACAGUGUUCCACAAUUGAUCCCACACCACAGAGUGUUAAAAAACAAAAACAAAAAAAGAAAGAAAAAUACGUGUUUCACCUGAAGCUGAGACAGUUGAGUUUUACAGUACAGACAAUCAAUGGAAUGCACAUCUGUGAAACCAAAAGAUCGGGAGUUGUUCUGUCUCAGCUGUGGUUGAGCUGCUUUUGGUUGGUUCAAACAAGAAAAAUACUUCCAGUCUAACAUAGACCAGUAAUUCUAGUUGCCAUACCAAAAAGAAACAUGUAAUUCUAGACACAGUUCAAACAAACUUGAAAUUCAAGACACAAUAUGAGUAGAAAGACCAGGAACUAUUUUUCAUGUGAUCUAGAGCAAGACAGCAUUUACAUAUGGCACAUUUUGGAAUAAAAACACCCUUGAGAUUUUCCUGUCUGAAGGGUUGGAUGUGUAGAUUUAUUUGUACACUAUCAUAGCCAUCUCCAUAUUUAAGACCUGCUUGAAGAAAAAUCUGCCAUUUUGAAAUUUCUGAAAGAAAAUUACUACUUUUCAAUCUAAUUUUCACCACUGAGGGGUGCUAUAAAUAGAAGAAAAAAAAACUCUACAAACACAUGAAUGAAUACGUUUUUAUUUUUUAAGAUGGUGACAUUUUGGCAACGUGUCUCAAACAAAGUUUGCCUAGAGCCAGUCAAAAUGUAGUGGCUAGUAAUUAUCAAGGUGAACUAUUCAAAGAAUGCUGAUCUAUUUUGACUGGAGAUUAUUUAAUAUUCUGAUUAUGGCUAAGAUUAAUGCUGAUGGUUUACUGACCUAAUGUUUGUGGCUCUGAUCACCUGUUGAUCUUACAGUGUUGUGCACCAUCUUAAAAUAUGAUUUGACAUACUCCUCUUCAUAGAGAGAAAGUGAGAGAGUGCAAAAGAGAGAUUUUUUACACUUUGUGAGAUGGGACCAAAGGUGAAAGGUAGCACUAAGUGUAAUUCAUCUUCUAGAAAUGAUACCGUUUUGUCUCUAUAAAACUGCUCUUGAACAAUCAGGCUCAUGGUAGAUGCACUUAAAUACCCCUCUCAAUGAAGGUGGCAAGUAUAAAAGCCCAUACAAAUACAACCCUUCCUGUUCCUUUUCAAGCCAUUUGUGAGUCAGCUUUGUUAUCAAUGGUUACGACAAUGGCAUUGAUGUCAGAAUAAAAAGAAUGACACUGAUGGUGUUAAUAAAACAACAUUUGACAAACAC